AUGGCGGCUCCAGGCAGCCUAAAGGAAACGAGGCUGCGGCUCCUUUGCUCCUCCGCCCCCCGGGGCCAUGGUGUCUGCUCUGGCCUCCUCCCACGGCUGCAGGCAGGGGUGGGGCUAGGCCGAGGGAGUGUUCACUGGACAGGCCCACAGGCGGGGGGGGGGGGGGUUGUGCUGCUGCCACAGGAGGCGUCUGCAAAGCCUUUCAGCCCCUGCAGCCCAGCGCCAGCAGCGCCCCACAGAAGAGCCAGCACGGGCGGGUGGACGGACAGCCCUGCGGGGCAGCCAGGAAGAGCAGCUGGAGGCAGGGUCACUGGUGCAGACGGGAGCCGGGCUCCCCGCGGGGGGGCGGGACCGGAACACAAUUCACUGCCCCCACCUGCUUUUCUGCCCCGCCGGGCACGCGGCGCCGCCAGGCGGUGGGGGAGAGGGGUUCCCUUGGAAACCAGAGGCUGGGCGGAGGGGCGGGCAGGGGGGCAGCCUACCGGGGCGGGCAGCAGCACGUGUACGCGCCGGCCGGGAUCGGCCCAGGACGGCUCCGGCCUGUGUCUAACCGCCCCAGGGGCUAGACAAACACCCAUCGACCAUUGCACAGCCCAGGGCCGGAGCCACCCCUGCUUCGGCAUUGGCCAGAGGGAAAGGGGCUCCGGGGGUGGCAGCCCCGGGCCCAGCCGCGUGGCACGAAGCGCCGCAGGCCGGCUGUGGCUGAGCACGCCGCUUUGCAGUCACAAGCACGAGGGGGGAAGAAGCCACCAGGCACCAGGCACCCGCCUUCAGCCACACGGGAUCUGCUUGUGCGGCGCACGACCCGCACUGGCCAGGCACCCUGGGACGCGGAAACACACGACCCGCACUGGCCAGGCACCCUGGGACGCGGAAACACACGACCCGCACUGGCCAGGCACCCUGGGACGCGGAAACACACGACCCGCACUGGCCAGGCACCCUGGGACGCGGAAACACACGACCCGCACUGGCCAGGCACCCUGGGACGCGGAAACACACGACCCGCACUGGCCAGGCACCCUGGGACGCGGAAACACACGACCCGCACUGGCCAGGCACCCUGGGACGCGGAAACACACGACCCGCACUGGCCAGGCACCCUGGGACGCGGAAACACACGACCCGCACUGGCGCAGGGUGGGGGGAAGGGCCCACCCCCCGGCCAGCCCCAGCGCCAGGGGAACGCCCCGCGUCUGGCUCUUGCACAGAGCACCCCCAAACCGAGCCUGGCCCUGUGCCGGAGGGGCCUGGCAGAAGGGCCCGGGGACAAUAUGA